AUGGAGAGAAAGGCUAAACGAGCUAUUGGGAAACCGAAGAAUAGAUUUCUGAUUACAAGGGGGGUUGUCAAUGGAAUAUUGAAAAGAGAAAGCGGCCAACUGGAUUUUAGGUCAAUUUCCAAAAUAGCCUCGAUUGUAUGGAGCAAAAGAACUCAAAAGUUUGAUCGCUAUUUUAAAUAUUUGGAAUCAAGGGAAAAUCAGCUAUCGACCCAGUUUCUACGAAAUAUACUUGCUGGAAACGGUAGCGCGGGCGUCCAAAUCCUCUCAAGAUCUGACAUCGAAGGACAGGAAAAAUUGAUAAAUCACGCACAUGACCCCGAAGUAUAUCUGAUGGAUUUCAAGGUGAACAAUCAAAGCAAGCCGAUCAUCAAAUUUGAAAAAUCACCUUAUAGUAGGAUGCGAUUCAAGAGUUUCGAGACGGGUAAAAACAUGCUAGGGAACCAUUACGAUAGUAACACUAACAGACGACGGAGAAUUAAAUCUAAAAAUGGCUCAAACAGAGGCUCAUCACAGUAUAUUCGAGUGUUUGCUACGCCCUUCACUGAUGCACAAAUUGAGGAUGUAUACGUAAGCUAUUGCUAA